AUGACCGACGCCAAUGGCACUGCUGCGUGUGACGACGUCGAACGUGAACGCUACAAUGCGAAGAAGGCUACCGAGACGCAAACAUCUGCUCUGUUAACCCACAUCCCAGUCACCUCUGUUGAUAUGCCUCGAAGGAAGGACAGUGUCGACGAAGCCACCUUCUCCACACACCGCACAUCGCACACUCUCGUCCUACUCCUGCUGCCUUCAAACUCGUCACCAACCAAGUCUCGCUACGCUACCGUUGAAGAGUCAAUUGCAAGGCAUCAACUCCAACACAAACUGACAGUAAUGGCCACAGUCGAAUGCAGAGUCAUUGUUGGAUGGCACAUCUGCUCCAGGUGA